AUGAGGAAUGAUAGCCAGAAAAGUGGUGGCGGUUCUGUUAGCGGAGGGAUGCUGCAAUCUGGUCGGGGCAAUAAUGGGAUCAUUCCGACAUCCAUUAAGUCUCUUUCCAGCUACUGGAAGAUUGUUUCCUCUGGAGCCUCGAGCGUGGCAUCCACCGUGAGGUCUGCUGCCUCUGCAGCUUCAUCUAUGGUGGACAAUGACGGUGUGCCCUCCCAAGAUCAGGUUUGUUGGACUGGAUUUGACAAACUAGAACUCAAGGGAGGCAUCACAAGGAAAGUUCUCUUGCUCGGCUACAGUUGUGGCUUCCAGGUUUGGGAUGUUGAAGAAGCAGACAACGUGCACAAACUGGUUUCCAGGCAUGAUGGUCUUGUUUCAUUUAUGCAAGCAUUACCCAACCCAACAGCAUCAAAGGAAUCUGUAGACAAGUUUGCUGAUAGUCGCCCAUUGCUGAUCAUUUGUGCUGACGGAUCGUUUUCUGGAGGCAACAACAUUCAGGAGGGUUAUGGUGGUUCUCGUAAUGGGCCGGUCCAAAACUACCAUGGUUCCGUUAAUGGUAGUGGUAUGCCUACGGUAGUUUGGUUUUAUUCUUUGCAAUCACAAUCAUAUGUACAUCUUUUACGGUUUAGGUCGGUUGUUCAUUUAGUGAGAUGUAGUUCUCGAGUUGUUGCUGUUCUACAAUCAGCUCAGAUACACUGUCUCGACGCUUCUACGCUGGAGAGACAGUAUACAAUUCUUACAAAUCCUGUUGUUACCGGUGAAUGUGGAUCUGGAGGUAUAGGCUUCGGGCCCCUUGCAAUGGGUCCCAGGUGGAUGGCUUAUAGUGGAAAUCCAGUUACCAUUCCAAAUUCAGGGCGAGUGAGUCCACAGCAUCUUUCCCCAUCUGCUAGUUUCCCUAGUCCUGCUUCCAAUGGAAGCCUUGUUGCACAUUAUGCGAAAGAGUCAAGUAGGCAACUUGCUGCUGGUAUUGUUACGCUAGGGGACAUGGGUUAUAAGAAAAUAUCAAGGUACUACUCUGAGCUGUUGCCCGAUGGCAACAAUUCUCACUCAGGGAGUGCUCGUGCAGACAGUGUUGGCAUGGUCAUUGUCAAAGAUGUUGUCAGCAAAAGUGUUGUUGCCCAGUUUAGGGCACACAAACAUCCUAUAUCAUCGUUGUGCUUUGAUCCUAGUGGCACCCUACUAGUGACGGCUUCAGAUCAGGGUCACAACAUUAAUGUUUUCCGUAUAAUGCCAGAACUUUCUGGAGCUGCUUCUGGCCCAUCUUAUGUCCAUCUUUACAGGCUGCAACGUGGUGUCACUCCUGCAGUCAUACAGGACAUUAGUUUUAGCAGCGAUAGCCGAUGGAUUAUGGUUAGUUCUUUAAGAGGGACAAGCCAUCUUUUUGCUAUUUCUCCUUCAGGUGGUUCGGUUGGCAUUCAGUCCUCUGAUGCUUGUUUUAGUGCUAGAAACAGUGGAUACAGUUCGAUGAAGAAAUCUGCAGUUCAUGGGCCACCAAAUUCAGGGAUUCAGCUUCUAACACAACAAAAUAUUUGUGCAUCUGGGUCCCCAAUUUCACUUUCUCCUCUUAUCAGAAUAAGAAAUGGAAAUAACGGUUGGAGAAAUGCUGUAAGUGGUGCUGCUGCAGCUGCUACUGGGAAGAUGAGUUCUUUCCCUGGGGCUAUUGCUUCAACUUUCCAUAACUGCAGAGGUUAUGGUGUGUAUGGACAUGCCAAUUCUCUGAAGACUAACUAUUACCUGCUUGUUUUCUCUUCUUCUGGUUGUAUGAUACAAUAUGCAUUGGGUACCUCUGCUGUGCUAAAUAGUGUGACAGCUUUACCGGGAGUGAGUACCUUCUGUGAAUCAGAUCUAGACGGUGAUGCAGGGUUUGUAGUGAAGGCAAUCCAAAAGUGGGAUAUUUGCCAGAAACUAAACAGGAAGGAGCAGGCAGAUGAUAUUGAUGUAUAUAGUGAAAAUGCAAAUUUAGAUUGUGCGAAAGUAUUUCCUGAAAGGACAAGACGGGAAGAUAGCGUGUGUUCCGAUGUCGUGGGUGCACCCAUGAAAGAUAAGACCACAACUGAUGAAAGGCAUCAUAUGUAUAUAUCUGAGGCAGAGUUGCAAAUGCAUCAAAAUAAGAAUCCAUUGUGGACAAAACCUGAGAUAAGUUUUCAUUCCAUGCUACUGAUUGAUGACUUUAAUGAAGACAAGGAAGAUGCUCGUAAAGGAGAGAUUGAGAUUGAAAGAAUCCCUGUUGACAUGCUUGAAGUUAGGUCAAAAGAUUUGGUUCCUGUUUUUGAUUAUCUUCAAGCAUCUAAUCUUCAUUUUCAAGGGAGAACUCCUGAUACGAAUAGCAAUAAUAUUGGGCAGUUGCUAUGCCAGAGGUCUGACAUGUCCGAAGGAUCUGACUCUCAUGAUAUGAUGACCAAUGAUGGCGUUGUUACAGGAGAACCACACAAUGGUGCUGGAGAAACUAGCAGGGGCUAUAUAAAUACUGAUAGCUCAAUAGCAAACACUCGGCCUCAGACUGCGAUGAGUUUGAUUGAUGAAGGUGUGAAGCUAUUCUUUUAUUCUGCUGGAGGGUUCCUUAAAAAGUGUCAAAAAAUGUGGAAGAAUAUGUAG